AACCAAGCAGAAGAUCGGAAGCUUUUCUUGACGAGUGGAUGUGAAUGCGCGGACAAAAAGGGGAUUUUUAACAAUGUCUGGGAGCUAUUAUUUUGUCAUUGUUGGUCAUCAUGACAAUCCUGUCUUUGAGAUGGAAUGUGGACCGCAGCUGAAGGGGACAGACACGGCCAAGAAAGAUGAUCACCGCCAUUUGAACCAGUUCAUUGCCCAUGCAGCAUUGGAUCUCGUUGAUGAACACAUGUGGGGAACCAAUAACAUGUACCUGAAGAUCGUGGAUAAGUUCAAUGAAUGGUUUGUAUCGGCGUUUGUCACAGCUGGACGUAUUCGAUUCAUUGUUCUACAUGACAUCAAGAAUGAAGAUGGAAUAAAGAAUUUCUUCUCUGAAGUUUACGAGAUAUUUAUCAAGCUCUCGAUGAAUCCAUUCUAUGAGCCCAGCACACCCAUCAAAUCAGCAGCAUUUGAGAAGAGAACCAACCACCUCGCCAAGAAGUACCUGACAUCUUGAGGGAAAUUCAUCAUGAUGGACGCUAAAAAAUGUGCAAUACCAGGGACGAGAAAGUUCAGACUUAAACUGAAAUCAUACUUUCUAUGUCUGCUGGAUGAAAAAAUUUGAGUUUAUUUUCUCAAGAUUAUAAGGAAAUUGUGCUUUUUGAUCCACAUCUCUAGUAUUGCGGACAAUGUUCAUACAAGCUCCAUGAAAGCUAAAACUCAUGGGGUCAUCGACAGUGGAAAUGCCAUGGGAGCACUGGAUCAGUAAAACACCAUUAUUAAAGACACGUAAUUCAGCAAGUACAUUUUCAAAGCAAUGGGAGAAUACUAGUAUAGCUUAUACUCUGUUAUUUGAAUCACUUGUUGUAUCUCAACAUAAGCAUACAAUAACAAACCUCUGAAAAUUUGGGCUGAAUUGGACAUUAAACUUGCAAGAAAAUAAUUAAAAUACAAAACACCAUUGUUGCAUAGAACUGAGUGCUUUCAGAUGACUGAGAAAAGCUUCAUGCCCAAAGCCUUCCUCAGAUGCAAGCGUGAUGGUGAAAAUUCACCUCUUUUUUGCUCUUUUUUUACCAAGUAAGCUUUUAUAGUUAUUAAUUUUUUGAAUAAUUACCAAAGGCAUGCCAUCUCUUUAAAGACACUGGACACCUUUGGUAAACUUUUGUUCAGGUUUAAAUUCCAGCCCUACAAACAAAUGUGUGUAAAGUUAUCUAAAAUCUGUGUAAAUAAAAAGAUGUCAUAAGAUCAUGUAG